AGCGGCUGCGCGCGGGGAAGGGGACUAGCCGCCCCGCGCCCCGCCCCGCCCCGCCUCUUCCGCCGCCGCCGUGGGAAUGGAAACAUCUAUCCCACGUGCCGGAAGCCAGCUAGCGCCGACGGCGGCGCGCCACUCCGCGUCCUACCGAACCGAGCACCUACGGGUGUCAUCGCGAGACGAGCUCGCCGAAAUGGCCGCAACCAGUCAAGGAAACUUUGAGGGAAAUUUUGAGUCACUGGACCUUGCAGAACUUGCUAAAAAGCAGCCGUGGUGGCGCAAGCUGUUUGGGCAGGAAUCUGGGCCUUCAGCUGAAAAGUAUAGCGUGGCAACCCAGCUGUUAAUUGGAGGUGUCACUGGAUGGUGCACUGGUUUCAUAUUCCAGAAGGUUGGAAGGUUGGCUGCCACAGCUCUGGGAGGUGGAUUUUUCCUGCUUCAGCUUGCCAACCAUACUGGCUACAUCAAAGUGGACUGGCAGCGGGUAGAGAAGGACAUGAAGAAAGCCAAGGAACAGCUGAAGAUCCGCAAGAGCAACCAGAUACCUACGGAGGUCACAAGCAAAGCAGAGGAGGUGGUGUCGUUCGUGAAGAAGAAUGUUCUAGUGACUGGUGGAUUUUUCGGAGGCUUUCUGCUUGGUAUGGCAUCCUAAAGAGGAUGACUUCACUUCCUUAUUCCUGGUUUUUCCAGCCAGCAGCCUCUUCACUCCAUCAUAGGAUAGCAAGUCUCUCCUCUUCGUCCUCUUCUCCCUCGCCUUCCUUCCUGCCAUGGCGUAUCUGAAUGGCUUCUGUAGGCAUCUGUUGGUACAAGUGGAUAACAGCCCCACCAUGACCUUGACGGCAACGGAAGAGACAGUGGACAUUGACUCUUCUCCCAGCACACUCCCCCUUGACUAAUCUGUAGGUCAGCAGGAAUAUUCCUUUCUCCCCUAUGUUAAGAUACUUACCAGAACAUGGUACAAGGUGGCUCACCAUGGAGCGUGAGUGGACCCUCAGAGGUUGUCCCAAACUUGAUUUGGAAAAGAAAUAAGCGUAUAAGAUACCUUACUAUGUUCUGCGUGGAAAGGAACUGAAUACAUUUGCCUUUAAGCGUGAAAGAUUUUGGUAUCUUGGUGUCUACUUUUGUAGUAGAUUUUAGGUUACAGAACGAGAACUACUUAUACUGGCUCUAAUUAUCCUGACAAAAUGGCAGCAUGUGCGCUACAGUUGAAAUAUCGGCAUACGGAUUGAACUUGUUCUAAAGAUACAUAUGCUGAGCUGAAGGUAUUGUGGGAAGGCCUUUAGGGAAACCAACCGAUAGAUACAUUUAGGAUGGUCAGACGUAGUGAAUCACUUAGAGGCAUUCAGGUAUUAUCUAGGGAUGUUUUCCACCAUACAGGAUAAUGCAUCUCAUGAUGGUUUCCAAAGGAUUUAUUUAUGGUAAAAUAAGUGACUUCAGGUGGAAGAGGGAAGGCGCUCUUGGAUUUUUAUUUAAUAGGAAAGGUUUUAAGCUUUGAAAUGUGAAAUAUUCUUUACCUCUUGUCAAAACAUCAGGGGUAGCCGUAGCUCCUCUGUGCCAAUUCUA